AUGGAUACUCGCCUCUCUCCACAGUGGGGCAAUCCAGCUUUGGGACUAUCGGUAGGGCUGGGUACACUUAUCGACAAAUUUGAGGAACAUGAUGGCCCUGUGAGAGGGGUAUGUUUUCAUCGUACUCAACCUUUGUUCGUCUCCGGAGGAGAUGAUUACAAGAUCAAGGUUUGGAAUUAUCGUCUGCGCCGAUGCAUGUUCACGCUAUUGGGUCAUCUCGACUAUAUCAGAACUGUUCAAUUCCAUAAUGAGUAUCCAUGGAUCGUCUCCGCAUCAGAUGAUCAAACUGUGAGGAUCUGGAACUGGCAGUCCAGAUCGUGUAUCGCGGUCUUGACGGGACAUAAUCAUUAUGUUAUGAGCGCUCAAUUCCACCCAACUCAAGACCUUGUCGUCAGUGCUAGUCUGGACCAGACCAUCAGAGUAUGGGACACGACAGGUCUGAGGGAUAAGACCGUGUCGAUUACCUCGAUGGGCAUGGGAGGUAUGAUGGGGCCUAUGGGAGGUAGAAUGGGGAACAGAGGGGUUGCUGGAUCACUAGGGAGCGGUGCGGACAUGUUUGGAACGACGGAUGCUAUCGUUAAGUACGUGCUUGAAGGCCACGAGCGUGGUGUCAACUGGGCGUCAUUCCAUCCCACCAUGCCUCUUAUCGUAUCUGGUUCUGAUGAUCGUCUGAUCAAGAUAUGGCGGAUGGGUGAUGGGAAGGCGUGGGAAGUGGAUACCCUCAGAGGCCACUUCAACAACGUCUCGGCUGUCUUUUUCACCCCUAAGAAGGAUCUUAUCAUAUCCGACUCGGAGGAUCGUACAAUCAGAGUCUGGGAUGCCACCAAGAGGGUUGCUAUACAUACCUUUAAGCGCGAGAAUGAUCGUUUUUGGAUUCUGGCUGUACAUCCGACCAACAGCCUCAUCGCAGCCGGUCAUGAUUCUGGCAUGGUCGUUUUUAAGCUCGAUCGUGAGAGACCAGUGUUUGGCCUUGGUAGCAGUAGCAGUCACGGUGGACAGUCGCUGUAUCUGGCAAAUGGUGGCUACCUUACCGUACAGAACAUCGACCAGGCCAGGCCUCAGCCAGGAACAACUGAAAUUACUCCUCAGUCGACUAGUCUGGCAUCUCUGAGGCGUCCACCGAACGCUAUGGUAUCGUCGCUGAGGUCUUUGAUGGUGAAUCCUUUUUCGAGCACUGAUAUGAACGCUAUUGUCAUGUAUGUUGACCAGCAAGGAGUCGGUUCGUAUGAUCUCUACUCCUGCACUAACGCCCAGCUCGCCCAAGGACUUCGAGAUCCUCUAGCUCCGAAGGAAGGCGCUGCCUGUAACGGUGCAUGCUUCGUGAGCAGGAACAGACUGGCGGUACUCCAUCGAGACAAUACGAUCGGAUUAUACAAUUUGAAUAACGAGUUGGUGAAGAAGUUCGAUCCACCGGUGCCCAAGAAUCAGAGCAACGUUGAGGCCAUCUACCAGGGCGGGAACAACAAGGUUCUCCUGCGGUCUGGGGAGGUAGUGCAGCUAUUCGACUUCAACGCGAGGAGUGUGGUUGGCGAGAUCACUGUGGCUGGUGGUGUCCGUUACGUCGUGUGGAGCAAGAACAUGGAUUACGUGGCCUUUUUGGGCAAGCAUAACAUCACAUUAGCUAACGGGCGUAACUUGGAGCUCCUACAUUCUCUACAUGAGAACGUCAGGGUGAAGUCGGGUGUAUGGGAUGAGACGCAGCCUGGGGUGUUCGUCUUCACUACCCUAUCGCAUAUUAAAUACACAAUCGUGAACGGCGACUAUGGUAUUAUCAACAGUCUGGCUAAUGUGUAUUAUCUGUGCCGAGUAGCCAAGCAGAGUGUCGUCUACCUCGACAGAGAGAACGUCAUUCACAAGCGGCCGUUUAAUAAUGCUGAGUACUGUUUUAAGAUCGCGUUGUGGCAGAAGAGGUAUGAUGACGUUAAGAAGUGGAUUAAACAGGCUCGCAUUUGCGGGAAUGUUGGAAUAGGGUAUCUGAAGUCCAAGGGAUAUCCAGAAGUCGCCCUCCAGUUCGUGGACGAUCCUCUCACACGCUUCAAUUUGAGUUUGGAAUUUGGUCAUUUGGACGAGGCUUUGAGUUGCGCUAAGAAGAUCGACCAGAAGGGCGUGUGGGAUCGUCUGGGGAAGGAAGCACUACGACAAGGAAAUGUGCAGAUGGUGGAGAUGGUGUACCAGAAGACCAGGAACCUUUCUGGUCUCUCCUUCCUGUACCUGUCCACUGGCAAUCGGGACAAGCUAAAAAAGAUGCUUGCUAUCGCUAAGAAGAGGAACGAUCCUAUGGAAAGGUUCAACACUUCGAUGUUUUUGGGAGAUGUGGAGGAGCGUGUGAGGGUCCUUGCCGAGGCUGGUCAGCUCCCAUUGGCGACUAUUAUGGCCAAUGGGUAUGGAAUGACCCGCGAUAAGGAGGCCUCGUCGUUGCUGCAGCCUCCAGUGCCGUUGACGAGGGCAGCUACUACCAACUGGCCACUCCUUAUGAGCAUGGAGCAAAUCUUUGACAAUAAGUGGGCUGGUGUGGAGGAGGCGGCGGUGGCAGUGGAUGAGGAGGCACAACAGACGACCUUCCUGCCUGGCUUUGAUGAUGAUGAGGAGGAAGGGGGGACUGCACCCAAUGCGGGUGGUGGAUUUGAUGGUAGUAGAGUGUUUGACAUCGAUUUUGAACUCCCUAUUUCAGCAUGGGGUGAUGAUGCGCUCGCCUCUACUGAGGAGGAAGUGGACAUUGGCAACGCCUGGGGCUCGGAUGAGGACUUGGGUAGCCUUGGUGAUCUCGAUUUGCCAGCUGGUCCUGAAGUGCAGGCUGUUGACGAUAGUGUGGUGACACCUGGGGAAGGGUAUUCGAGGCGGUGGUUGAGGAAUCGCAAGAUGGUUCCUGACCUCAUCGCUGCUGGGGACUUUGAUGAGGCCUUAGCGACCCUGCAGAGAAGAAUUGGCCUGAUCAAUGCCAUACCGUUGAAGCCACUUUUCGAAGAGGUUUACAGUGCCACUCGCUGCAGUCUGCCCUCAUUACCUCUAGAGCCAUCGAUUGCUCUCCCGGUUGUCACGUCUACUAGUAGUAGGCUUGGAGUUCCUGGAGCGGAAAUUGAACCUGCAGGGCUGUUUACGGUCCAAUUCCUUUUGGGGAAACUCAGGGAAGGGCACAAGCUAACGACGAUGGGCAAGUUCAGAGACUCUCUGGAUGUUUUCCGUUAUGUCCUUCAAGCCUGUACAAUGGCGACGGCCGGUAACACUGAAGAGGAAGCUCAGCUCACGGAGUUCAUCGAGGUCUGUUCCCAAUACGUUCAAGGGAUGCGAUUGGAGACUUCUAGGAGAGAACUGCCGCAUGAUCAGGUGAACCGGUCUUUAGAGUUGUCGGCCUACUUCACAUGUGUGAACCUGCAACCAUCUCAUCAUCUACUUACAUUGAGAGCGGCCAUGACUCAAAACUUUAAGGCUCAUAACUACUUGACGGCAGCUAAUAUGGCUCGUCGGCUGAUGUUGGGUAAUUUUGGCGCCAGUAAGACGCCCGAAGUGGUGAACCAAGCUAGGAAGAUUCUGGCUGUUUGUGAACAGAAGGGAACGGAUGCUCACGAGAUAAAUUUUGAUAGCAGUGACACAGACCCUAGGUUGAUCAUAUGCUCCAGGACGAUGACCAUCAUCGACUCUAGCAGAGGCGAGGCGGUUGUCCGUUGCCCUUACUGCAGUGCUAACUACAAGGCGGCAUAUGCAGGGAGUUUAUGCGAUGUUUGCCAGCUGUCUGAGAUAGGCGCCCGUGUGCUCGGUGUCCAAUUCCGUCCUAUAUGAAGAGGAGACAGCUUGAGCGAGGGACUAAUGGAUGAGUAUGCGAUCGGAUGUUUCUAAGACGAUAGAGA